AUGGCUACUGCUCAGCAUGCGAGCCUGCAACCGCAGUUCCGCGGACAGACAGUGCAGCUACGGCGACCACAAACCCUCCGUCCGGGAUCACCUCUCUUCCUUCCUAAUGGCGCUAAGAUGUUCAACAAGUUAACGAAUUUUCUGCGGACUCAAUAUGUGGACUUCGGAUUCGAAGAAGUCAUCACGCCCACAAUAUACAAGAAGUCUCUCUGGGAGAAGUCAGGCCAUUGGGAGAAUUAUGCAGAAGACAUGUAUGCCGUCACAGGGCGAGGAGCGUCUGGAGAGAAAGAGGGCCGACAGGCCGGGGAGGAUGAGGAGUAUGGAUUGAAGCCCAUGAACUGUCCAGGGCAUUGCUUAAUUUUCGCCUCAAAGAAGCGAAGUUAUCGAGAUCUGCCAAUACGAUAUGCCGACUUCAGUCCGUUACAUCGUAAUGAGGUACAUGGCGCAUUGAGUGGGCUCACCAGAGUUCGGCGGUUUCAUCAGGACGACGGUCACAUUUUCUGCCGACCCUCACAGAUCCAGGAAGAAAUAUCGAGGACGCUGGAAUUCGUGCAGUUGGCGUACAAAACAUUUGGUCUCGGCCCAUACAGACUUGCUCUGUCAACACGGCCAGUGGAUCAUUUCAUUGGGACCGUUGAAGAGUGGGACAACGCUGAGGCAGCCUUGAGGAAAUCUUUAGUCAUAAGCGGGCAGCGUUGGACGGUCAAUGAUGGAGAUGGAGCUUUUUAUGGUCCAAAGAUUGAUGUCAUCCUCAAAGACUCCGACGGCAAAGAACAUCAAACCGCCACGAUCCAACUCGAUUUCCAACUCCCUAAGCGAUUUGAAUUGGAAUAUCAAGCACCAGCCCCAGAACUCGAAAGCCGCGGCCGCGCCACCACAGAUCCUGGCUUACUUGAGGUUGAGGGUCCCGUUACGCCUGUUCUCAUUCAUCGAGCUGUCCUAGGUUCAGUCGAAAGAAUCAUGGCUCUCCUGAUCGAGCAUUACAACGGCCAUUGGCCUUUCUGGUUAAAUCCUCGACAAGUGAUUAUUAUUACAGUCAACGACUCUCAGCCAGUCAUAGAUUUCGCGGAAAACUGCCAAAAAAUCAUCUCGGGCAUGAGGCAAUUACGGGGCCAAAAGACGGCCAUACCGCCAUACGAACACAUCUCAGUCGACAUCGAUGCCAGUCCUCGAUUUUUGACGAAGAAGAUCGCGGACGCCAAGCGAAAGCGAUACGCAGUAAUUGCCGUAGUUGGCAACCGAGAAGCUGCCGCGAACCGUCUGAUCAUUGACUUUACUGCUUUCCCUGACUUCGAAACAAAUCUUGGCAAGCAUCUCGCUGUCCGGCAUGCUUCUGUGACCUCGGAGGGGAGCAAGUCUGAGUCUGCCGAUGAAGCCGGUGAGUAUUUGAAGAUUGCUCUGCCAACAUACGAAGCGGCUGCAACUCAACAUGGUGCCCUCCCAUCGAGGAGUGGCCCACCAACUCCAGGGUCAAACCCCCUGCCUCGCGGCCCAUUUCCCCUCAAUAUUCCAGUGCUUAAUCAGUUGCGAGGCAAAAGAGUAAUUCUCGCGUCUGCAAGUCCUAGAAGGAAGCAGAUACUCUCUACCAUUGGCCUUCAAAACCUCGAAAUCACUCCUUCCACAAAACCAGAGAAUCUCUCGAAAGAAGAACUAGGACCAUUCGACUACGUAUUACAGACCGCUGUUCAGAAAUGCCUAGAUGUAUACACAGUUGCUCUCGAGAACUCGUUGAAAUCAAUCCCUGAUCCGGCACUUGUCAUUUCCGCCGACACGGUCAUUGUUACGAAUACUGGGAGGAUUCUAGAGAAGCCGAGGAGCGAGAAAGAUCAUAUUGGGAUGCUGAAGAUGCUGAGAGAUCAGAAAGUGCACAAAUGUUACACUGCCGUGGUUGCUUUGGCGCCGAGGGAAGAUGCUAGGGCUCCGGGGUAUAAUAUUGAGACAACAGUGGAAGAGACAAAGGUUAUAUUUGCGGCGGAUGUGAGUGAUGAGUUGAUUGAGGCGUAUGUGAAGACGAGAGAGGGUGUGGACAAAGCGGGAGGUUAUGGACUGCAAGGUAUGGGGAGCUUGCUGGUGGAGAGAAUUGAGGGAAGUUGGGAUAAUGUGGUUGGAUUGCCUUUAAGGGCUACUUUAGCUUUGAUCGAGAAGGCAGUGUUGAAUCAAGAGGACCUGGAGAUUGAUGAAGACGAGGAUUGAUACGCAUGAAGGGCAAUUGGGCAUCGUUGCAGGACAAAUAAGAGAGAUUUGGAUUGCGCAGUGCCAUCCACAAGUAUAUAAUUCUUGUGAAAGUUUACAACAAAUUACAUUGGGAGAGGAACAGACAUGCACUUUUUGGAAAGGUCGAUCAUGUAGACUUUUCGACAGUGGUUCGUGCCGGU